GGAAUCGGAUAGGUUAUUGAAGUAAUGGGGAAAAAAUAACCACGUUGGGUAAAUUUUCUCGUGUUUAAUAGUAAGAUGAUGUUCUCGUACUUGAAUUGGUGAUAUAGGCUGUAUAUGCACUGCAUUUAAGUUAGGUGGAGAUAAUUAAGGACUAAACCUGGGAUAUGAACAGUGUUAGGUACAUAUUAAGUUAUAUAUCUUGAACUGAACAGUGAUUAUUUUCAAGCAGAUGACGCACACUGGUGAUGAACAUGAGAAAAUUUUAGCUUUCAAUGGUGAAAUCCUUAUAUUCAAGUUAUCGGAUGCCAGAUCUGCUGAGAAACAUAAUGAAGAAAUCGUACUUUAUUUUAGCAGAAUGGUGUUUGAUACAAACACAGGAAAGUUUUUCCAGCAUUCUACAGGACAUUUCUGCAUUGAAGGACAAAAUAUGGACACUCAGUUGGUCUUCUGUGGUUGCACUACAGACCAUAGGACUGGACAGAUUCUCCCUUGCAUAUUGCUGAGGAAACAUAAAGCCAGAAAAAGUGUGUAUGAAUAUUUAUUUCUGCUAGUGCAUGACUGGAGCAAAGUUGAAAAACACCUAGACUUUAAACUAGCUUAUAACAUUAAAGAUGAUGUGAAGCUGUUGCCUGGGCCAACUGUCUUAUGGAGUCACAAGGAGACCAUAUUUUACACCUCUUCAAAUACUCCUACUAUUAUAAGUAUGCCUGUGCAGGUCACAUCACUAACAUGGGCAGGGGAGAUUGCUGGGGAAGAUGUUCUUGUGCUUGGAACUGGAAAACCUGUCUUGCCCACAGAGGAACACCAGAUUAUAAAUAAAGCUGACAAGGACAUCUGGUGUUGUGAAUUCAUUGGCUUUUCAGUUAAAAGUAAGACAUUAAUAAAUGGUUCAUGUUUUCUUCCUCAUGCAUACAGCAAAGUGGUGAUGUGCUUGUUUGUUUGGAAGGCCCGGAGAGCAGGCAGCCUAAUAAAAACAUCCGUGAUUGCAGCCACCUGCAAGAAGCAGCUGAUUUGGUUUCAGGAUGGUAUUCCAAAGGAUGUUUGCCAUCUUGAUGUUGAAGAUCCUUGUGAAAUACAAAUGGCUAAAGCAGGAAGGGGCAGCUGUUACUUUAUUGUGUAUUUCAAAUGCAGAAGAGUAUGUGUGGUUUGGAAAGACAACUGGCAGGUGGUUGCCAGUUGGGAUCAGGUGAAAUCUGUGCAAGUUGACGACUUUCUAGGUGUGGGAACAGAGCAAAUGUUGUUGCUUUUUGAAGCCCCAUCCCAUAGUGCAGCUUGCUGUAAUGCUUUCAGAAUGACCGAUCUUGGUGAUAUUAAUUACACGAGCGACUUGACAUUCAGUGAAAAGGAGAAACCUAAUGAGAAUGUCACACAAGACAACUGUCUGAGUACUAUCCAAGCACUGGAGGCAAGACUACAGACUGGCUUAGCUGCCCUGCAAGAUCUGCAACAUCAGCUGCAACUCAAGGAGGACAUCUUAUUCACAUCUUGCAAGGCCUUAACAGACAUAGUCCAAGGCAAAAAGUAUGUCCUACCUCUAGCAGAGACGGAUGGUCUCACUUCUCUGUGGGAUGAAGAAGGAACUGUACUCCACCCUCCAGAUCAAGGGCCAUCAUCAGUUCUUGACAAGUGGAGCAGUUGUGUUGAGAAAAUUUGGCAACGCACUGUAGAGAAUUACUGGGUAGUCGGAGUAAAACUGGCAAAUCCUGGGGGCAUGUUGCUGACAGAUGUGAGUUUAUCUUUUUUGAUGGUCAAAGAGUCCUGUUCAUUUCCUGCAGUUAUUCAGUCAUUCAGCAGAGGAACAAAGCUCCUUGAGUGUGCAACACAGCUGUCACACCCUCAUUGCCAAGAAGAGACUUUUGCAAAGAAGAGGAAAGUAGAACUACAAGAUGAACAAGUGCUGGGAAACCACUUUGUGGGAGGGACACAGUCAGAUAUUUGCACUGUUCAGCCAAAUACCGUAACCUGUGUCACUGAUUUGUUGCCACUUUUAGCAUGCAGCAGAGUUCACUGUGUAUUGCUUCUGCAUGCUAGGAAAAUAAAUACUCUGGAGAAAAGCACUAGUGAAGGUGAAAAUUUGGUUUUGCCGUGUGGAAGAGUUUCUUUGAACAUAGAGGAUUUAUGCAGCAGAAAAUAUUCAGUGAAUCUGUUAAACAGCAGGCAGCUACCAAAAGAUGUUGCUAUGGAAGAUUUUUUUGCCAUACAGGCUGCAUUUUGUAAGUUUUCCUUCCGCAUAAUUUCAACAUAUUCCACACUUGUGCAGCCAAAAGAGUGGCUGUUUGAUUACCUGCAGUGUGUUCAGCUUGAAGUAUGUCCCCAGUAUCUUCUGUGCACUAAACCAGGAAUUCUCCAGGGCAGCCUUUUUAUGUGGAUUUCAGAGACUCUGUUUGAAGGCACGCUAACAGUUUUCUGCAGAAGUGAAGAAGUGUUGUUACAGUGUGUGCAUAGUCUUCUAAAUGCUCUUUCUCCAACUUGUGAAGUAAAGCCCCAGAAUCUGGGAAAUGGAAACUCUCUGACAGAAAGCUUAGCUUUGGCUGUAGAGAGUGAACUUCUUUCCUUCAAGAAAUCAUGCUACUCCUUGAUAAAUACAGCUGAAACAAAUUUUAAUUUGAGCCAGAAAGCAAUCAAGAAAAUCAGCUGUGUUGCUGCCACAAAAGAUGUAAAGGAACAGGUGCAGCACUGCAGAGAAGAACUCCAGAAUGAACAGAAGUUUAAUUCUACUGGAACUGAUUUAACUGUAGAAGGUGACCAGUACAGAGAAGUUUUGGAGAAAUUAGUGACAUUGCAGAUGGAUUCAGACAGUGCUGCACAGAAGUUGUGCAAAUGCAUGUCAGCUUUUAGUACUUCUUAAAAUGUCAUAAACAUUAUAAAUUCCUACAAGUUGCACUUUUGUUCAGAGUACUUUUUCCUCUUUUCGCGAAGUAGAAUGUGUACUGCCUUGGGUUGUAUGAGACAUAGUUGUGAAAGCUUAACCUUUACUUUGACAGCUGAUACAAUUAUUCCUGUUUCUGUUAAUAGCUCAUCAGAACUGCCCGACCUUGUGGUAUCAUGUGUAAAUGCAAACAUUAAGAAGUAUCUCAGGUGGUUAUAGUAGCUCUUUAAGAGGGUAAGUGAAAGUAACUUUUAACAAAACUGGCAUAACUGGGAUAGAGUGAAGCACUUUGAAAGUUAUGAUUAAGAAAAUACUGUACUUUUUUCCUCUGUUUCACUCUAUAAUCCACUUUGUCACAUCAGUUUUAACAGACCAUCUUGAUGAUCACCUCCUAACUGCACUUAGUCCUCCCUUUGACAUUAUUCUUGUGAUGUGAAGGAACUGCGGCUAGCAGAGGAGAUCCUUUACAUGUGGGGGGUCUGGGGGAGGUUCCCCUUUUUUGCCUGUCUCUGUCUGUCUCUCAUCUCUUCCAGUGUCAUUCAUACUAGGGCCCUUGGCUGCUAGAAGUGCAUGCAUCAAUACCAAGGAAUCAUGUCAACUCACCAAAAGCAGUUUCAGCAAAUGUAAAAACUUUGAAAAAUGUUUGUCAAAACUACUUUCAUAAACAUGCAGGGGGGCAACCCCCAUGCACCCCCAUAUGGGUCGACAUCCCACUGGCACACCAAACAUAUAUAUCAGCUCUUGUGAUGCAGUAGGAAUAGGCCCACCUUUUUAAACUGUCUUUCAUAGCUCCUUCUUUGAUCUCCUAGGAGUGCCUAGCACAGUGACAAGUCUUGCUUCUGUCACCCAGGAGAGAGUGACAUGCAAGCUGAUAACCACAAUAUCCCUACCCUCAGACAUACUGGGUUCAGUCCAGGUUACAGACAGAGGGCUAGAGGGAUUCUUCUAUUUGUGCUGGCUACAAUAUAGGAUGCUGGUGUUAAUGACUUGUAUGUUCCUACUGGAAGUAUUAAAUGGGGCCUAAACUGCUAUUUUACCCGUCAUUUUUGGUUGUUUUUUGACAGGAAGACUGGUUCUUUUCUUAUUGAUGUGUGAAGAAACAGAAUGACAUGUCAUGUUAGGUUUGGGCAUGCUUCACUUGUCGAGAGCUAGAAUAUUAACUGACUACUACUCCUGUGUACAGUUGACCCCAGAACUAUGUACAUUUUGCCAGCAAAUAAGGAUCAUUUGGUUAACAUAUUCUGCCGGCUUCCCUGGCUGAUGAAUAAACUGAAGGUCCUUUUGUAUUGCAGGGAUACAUAAUGUUUUCUGUAACAGUCACUACCAAAGCUAACAAACCUUUAAUAACUAACUGUGCAAAUUCUCAGACCAGCUACAAGUGGAUAAGAAGCAGAAUCCUGUUACUUGUAAACAUAUUAAUAACAGUUCAAGAACCGGUACAUACUUUCAUGUACUUUAACUAUUAGCAAGUGUUUAUCAGCAAUAAUAAUAAUGUACUCAGAAAUACAUUAAACAUUUCAGGCAAAUACUAAUUCUGCAUGCCUUAUGGUUUUGUUGAAAUUAGGUAUGUUUUUCUAAAAUGUUACUAAAUCCUAUGUUCAAAAUUGAGACAUGCCACUUUAUACACUAUAAGAUCUGCACUACAGAUAUUGCUUUUGCACAAGGGAAGCUUCCCCCUUCCAAUUCCACCCCCCACAUGAGGCAGUGCUGUGCUGUUUCUUUGAGGUAGUAUGAUUUCAGACAGGGAUGCUGAUUGAAUGGUUUUGAUUUUUUUCAUGUUUGUACACCAUUAACACGUAUUGUCAUGUACAGUGGGCAUACCAUGUUAUUCUGUGAUCUUUUUUUUUUUUUUUUUGGCCUUUUGGGGAUUAUAGCUACUGAGUGAUCAGUCUGUCUUGAAUUUUUAUGUACUAUUGGGAACAUGUCAGGUCACCAAAGGAUGUUUUGGCAAACAUGAAAUGAUCAAAGUAUGUUCGCUAACUACAUUAGUCGACAGUAUUUCUCCAUUGUUGUCACCUUGGAGUUUACAUAUAUGUUUGGGUGUGCCUGUUGAAUGUCUCCCCAUGUGAGGGUGCAUGAGGAUUGCACCCUUGGAUGUUUACUGAAAAUAGUUUUGACAAACAUUUUCAAAGUUUUUACAUUUGCUGAAACUGCUUAUGGUGAGUUAACAUGAAUCUGUGAUAUUGACCAUAUAGGUCUUAGCUCCUUUUAUUGUGAUCCAGUUUGACCUGUAACCUAGAUAUUACUUUACCCCUGCAACAUACUGUAUUCCACACCGAGCCUUUGUGAUUUGUUUGCUAGCCUUUUGUGCGGUACCAUGUCAUAUAUUUUAUAAGGUCUAAGUUGACAACACUCACAGCCUCUUUGUAAUUUGAUGUCCUGGUUUCUAAGUAAAGGCAGUAUAUUAGUAUUUUCCAGAGUGACCAUCUUGUUGGAAAUUAAUGUAGUUUUAAGUCCUGGAUCCCACUUGCUUUUAGUUACUCGGUAAUGAUUCAAAUUUAGUUACUCGGUAAUGAUUCAAUAAUUUUCUGUGUAAAGUUCAAACUGACAGGCACAUUGGUUUCAACUUUGGUCAUUCUCCCACUCUAAUAGCUGGAAUCAAGUCUGCUUUCUUCCAGUCUUCAGUAAUCUUACCAUCCUCAUUUGAUUUGUUAAAAAAAUAUUGCUUCAGGGCAGCCCUGGGCAAUGGCUGUAUAGCUGGGCUGUCCCUCCUUUCUCAGGGUGAGAUCUCCUUUUGGUCUCAAGUUUCCAUGCCUAGAGGUAUGUAUAUUCAAUAAACGGGUGUAUAGUAGUGUUGUUGCACCAAACAAGAAGGAUAAACAUAUGCUCUAUGUAUAGUUAGAAAAUUGUCAUGUUGUGUGCCUAAGAAACCAUGACAUUCUAUGUAUUCCUGCUGUCUUCUGAUUGCCAACCAAGUCUGUGUAGGAGCUGCUUUUGUCUGGGACCACACCAUAAUAGUGAAACUUGCAUGUUGUGUUACAGUGUUAACCCAGCUGCCCAGGGGCAGCAUCAUGAGAUGGUGAUGAUGUACUUCAGCUUGUCAGUAGCAGUGAUAGCAGGUUGCCUCAGAAGUGGGCUGAAGGGCCAUUUUCUGUGACAACAGGAAAGAGCCAGAGAGAAUAGUAAGACAGCAUCCACCCAGUCCUUUCCCAAACCAUGUGUCUUAAUCAUGUUGUAACUGACUGUGUCAGUCUUAAAUCUUUUUCAGGUGGUGAGCUUGUCCUGUGGAGAGAAGUCAAGUUCCCAUCUAUCAUCUGAGACAACUGCGAAUGUAACUGUAGAGGUACCACUUCCUGUUAAGAAUAAGAUAAGGAGGAUAAUAGUACCUGUACUACAGCUUGAGGAUACAGUUGGCCUUCUGAGCAGGAGUUUGAGCCCCUGGGACACAUGUCCAUGAUCAGUCUUGGACCUUGGGAUUUAUUUCUGUUAACUGUUUAGUUGAUAUUUGCUUGCCAGAAAGUGUGGCAAUGGAACCACAGAUGCUCCAUUGCUCAUUGGAUCUCCACUUGGUCCUACACUGGUUGACUUGUACAGCUCAUUCGAUACCUGAUAUGAUAUGACUGAAUGUGUGAGGGAAUCAUGCAAUAGAGUAGUGUCACCUGGUAAAUUGUUGGACUUUGUGCCAACCUGUCUGCCCUUUGGCAUGCAGUGCCCCUCUCAGACUGGUCCUGCCUCCUUUUUCUUAAUGUGGAAUGUGCUUCUCGACAUCAGCUGCAUGAAAAAAGUACAAACAGCCCCUGACUGAAUUAGAAAGCAGAAAUCAUCUCCCUGAGUGGAAGAAUUUACAUCUCCUAGUUAUUUUCCACCAGCACCCCAGGUGAUUCUUCCUUUUGGGAACAAACUGUCUCACUUAUCAGGUCCAAAAGGAAUCUCUCCCAUUCUCUUUUUCUUGAAAAAAAAAAACUGAACCAGUAUCAGGAAAAGAAACAGGAGGGACUAUUAACUAUCUCUAUACUGAUGCCAGUCUUGAAAUGUCCAUUUCUUGGCCCCUCCCACUCCGUAAGACUUACUGUCUUAUCUGGAGAGUUACUCCUGCAUAAAUGCUUUUGUAAACAUUGUGAGGUUGCCUUCUGUGUCAUUAGCUUACUCCAUCAUAGAGCUCACUAGACCAAGCAUUUAGCCACAGUAAUGCUAGAUAAAAAGACCAAAUCUCUGGGCAAGUUUGAUGACAUGUUCUUUUCUCUACCUUGUUAGGUCUUUAAGGUGCUCAGCUAUCCUCCUGUCCUGUCUCAUUUUCAGUCCAUUCUCAAAACGCAACUGGCUCAGAAAUACAGCCAUAUCCAAUUACUAGAAAUUUAAAAUGCAAUUGUAAAAUAGGCACUAAUAAGACAAAAUAAUUUAUUACAAUUGAGCUAACGCUUUCAUGCAUAGCAGUUCAUCACACUCAAUGUAACUGAACAAAUAGUUAAUGUACGACACUAGCUGUUUAAUUUAAACAGUCAUUAUAAACUCACUUGAUUUUUAACUGGUUUAAGAUGGUAAUACUUUACUCAUUAAACCCCAGAUUUCUGUUUGUAUUCAGAAGAGUUUGCCAGUUAUAAUCUGCUAGUUCUUUUUGAGGGAUCUAUAUCAGAAAAUCAAACUUUUAAAAGUUCGAACACCAAAUGGUCAAAACCAUAUGUUUGAACUCUUACAAGUUUGAA